AUGUCCUCCACGCCACAUCGAAUGCGGGCCGUCGCAAAUCUCGGCACGCUGUUCACCGACGUCGGCCUUUUCGAGCGAGAAGAACCAGAAAUCGCUAUGGCGUCUAUUAAUGCGCAACCGGAACAACUGUGCGUCUCCCCGAUGAGGAUCAGCCUCCCCCAUGAGGGAAGCCGAGAUGGGCCUCAAGAAAGCGUGACGCCACCACUUGCCGGCGUAGCUCGAACUCCUUCUCCCCCUCCACCCAAGAAUGAGCCCGAUACGAAGCCGAUCCUGCUGGAAGCGAAGGAAAAGCCGAAGCGCAAACCGCCAGCGCGAACACGCCGGAUUCCGCCCAGCAUCGAGCCGACCGGCCUGAAAAUAUUGGCCGACGCGGCGGCACAAAUGGAAUACUUGGCGAAUGUCGCUGACAUCAAGAUGCCACAUCCACGAUAUCCGCCGGUCAGACCGGUAGCUGUUGUCGCCCCAUCUGGAGGACAGGAGCUUCCGACAAGCACUGAACAUUCGGCAGCACAGUCUGAUGAGGAAGGGGAUACCUACACUCUCUACGAUCUGGAUCAGCCGAUUCCUGAGGAAGAACUAAUAGACCCGGAACUGGAGGUUGAACAGCCUUCGACAAGCCAAGGGCAUAGAUCCAGACGGGAGAUCUCUAUCGAUCGAAAGAGACAAGCCGCCUAUGACCGAGGACUGGCCCCGAAGCGUAAUAGAAUCCCGGAAACGGAGUACGAGGACACUGAAGACGACGAGCCAAUCGAUGUGGAAUAUGAGCGGGAGGCAGAAAGCCCGCAUGGCGGAUCCCAGAACAGUCAAAGCCAGGAUUCUGACGACGAACCGAUCGAAAUCGAAAGCCGCCCCGAAUCACCGCAACCAGAUCCGGUGCUGAAUUGCAAAUGGAUCAACUGCCAAUUUUCCACACUGGAUCAGGAUGAAUUUAUUGCCCACUUCCACGACCACCUCCAAGCGAUCAAGGACGACCCGACAAAGCCGUUUUGCUGUCGCUGGCGGGAUUGUGACCGGAAUACGCGUCCCUUCAAGGCCUACUACAUGCUCAUGAUCCAUUCACGCGUACACUCCCUCGAGCGGCCCUAUAAAUGUGAUCGCUGCUCGAAAAGCUACCGUCGCCCGGAGAACCUGCGAACCCACAUCAGCUCCCAACACACCCAUACUCCAAACUAUAAAUGCAAUAUUUGCACGAAGGCCUUCUACAACGCCUCCGACCGCAGCAAGCACGAAAAUCGGACUCAUGGAAAAACGAAAGAGUACGCGUGCCCCGAAUUCGGCUGCUCGAAGGCGUACACCGACCCGUCGAGCCUGCGCAAGCACGUCAUCAACGCGCACGGCAAAACCGCCUACGAGCGCAUCAAGCUGAGCAAGACGAUGGACAGCCAGGGACGGUGGCAAAAGAGCCGCGUACCCUUCAGCAAAAGGCCACGCCCACCCCCAGUUCGCCGCCCGAUGGAGCUCCAACCCGAGCCGGAAGAGACCGGAGACGACACCGAACAGCGUGUACUCCACAUCGAAGAAACCAACGAAGACGUCGAAGCCGUCGACGUCGAGCCGGCCGUCGAGGAGCCCGAAGAGGAGUUCGACUCUGACGCUGAGGCUCGAAAGAUCUUGAUCCCGAAACUGAAGCGACAGUACUACGAGGUGGAAAUGGAUGGGAAGAUCGAGGAAGUGACGACGGGGUAUGAGUACGUGGAUGAGAGCAUUGCAAGGCCGGUGCCGCGGCGGGACGCUUCGAUGCGGGUUACGGAGAUACAAGAAGCGGAAAUUGUUGCCGCGCAGGAUGGGGGCAAGGAGAAGCAAUUUGUGGUUAUCAAGGAUCCGGUGGAGGGAGAUGUUGCUCAUGAAUUCGUGGAGAUUAUUCCGGAAGAGGUUCCGGCUCUUGAGCGAAAAUCGACGACGAGACCAAGGAGGUCAAAGGUUAGCAAGAAGGUGCCCUCGCCUGAUGUAAUGCUUCCGGAAGAUAACGUCACCUACACCACAUCCAGAAGAAACCUCAACUUCUCCGGUACCACU